AUGGACGAGCGUAUCGCCGUCUUGGAGCAAAUGGAGUUUACGGAGCGUCAAGCUGGCGGCUCGGAUGUCGAAGAGGAUGCCCAGUCGGAAGAGCUGGACGACAAGUGUACGCCGAAGGAGGGAACCGACGCCGAGCCCAAUGCGCAGCUCGACGAGCAGCAGCUGGCCGUCGAGUUGUCCUCCUUCAAAACCCAAAACGAGUUGAUGACCACCGGCUUCGACACGCGCAAGAAGCGACUCGACGACCUCGAGCGUAAGCUGAAGAUGCGGCAUCAGAAUUUCGGCGUGCUCCCCCUCCAACGACACUUUGCUCGCGAUCGACGACGACGGCAAGAUUACGUUCAAACCUGUCAGUCGAACUUUGGGUACACAACUCUCAGGGAGCUAGGA